AUGACGCAAACCAAGAAGAUUAAUUACGACGUCAUCGAACUGACCAAGACGAGAAGACGUCACCCUCUCAAUGCCAUAUAUGAAACUGGAGAAGAACUGUUUUUAGGAACAUGCGAAUGUAGAGGUGUUGGUGGUGUUGGCAUCCUCGUCCACACGAGUAUGGCAAAGAACAUCGACUCUUUCGAACAACUUACGACUCGAAUCGGACAUCUUCGAAUGGGAAGAUGUGGUCUAACCUCAGCUUUGAAUAUCUUCGUCGCUUACGCUCCAACAUCAAGCUACGAAGAAGAAGAAAUCGAAGCUUUCUAUAUGGACCUGGAGAAGUUCUACCGAGAAGAUCAUGCUUUCUACAAGGUCAUAAUCGGCGAUUUCGACGCCGAAAUUGUCCCAACAAGAACGCCUGAGGAACUUCAUAUCGGGACCCUCGGCCUCCAAUGA